AUGGGGUGUGCAUCUUCUAAAGGCAUCGACGGCACGGCAGUCGCCGUAUACCAACCACCACCGACGAGCUUCGCCGUAUUUGACAUAAACUCCAUCGAAGAACCAUGGCUCAAACACCUCAACGACAACACCAACACCAUGUCUCAAGAAAACAAACCCGCCCUCCCUCAACCAAUCCUCCACAUCCUGGACGCCACCGAGAAAUCUCCUCAAUCAUGGGAAGAUGUCAGCAAAACACUCCAACACCUCAAGCCAAUUGUUCAACAAGAAAAAUCUCCACAAACACCACCACCACCAUCACCACCAUCGUCACAACCACCACCUCCACGUAAGGUUGCUUCCUUCCGAACACUCGAAGAACUAGACGCGAAAGUAAGCCCGAAGGAUAAUAAGAACGAGGCACAAAUCAAAUCAACUGCGAAAACCGAGGUUGAUGGUGAUGGUGAUAGAUUGAGAACAAUAAAACCUACGUUGUCUUCGAAACUGAAGAACAACAUAUUCAUACAGAAAGACAUGUUGGAGAAACAAAAAGAAGAAAGAGAAUCGAAUUUCGAACGGUUAAGGAGGGACCCUUUGAGUAACUACCCGGAGAAAGUUCCACCGAACGGAAACGAUGCUGUAGUGAUAUACACAACGUCGUUAAGAGGAGUUAGAAAAACAUUCGAUAAUUGCAACAAAGCUAGAGAUUUAUUGGAGAAUCACAGGGUGAUAUUUGACGAGCGUGACGUGGCGCUUCAUGGAGAGUUUUUGAAAGAAGUGAAAGAGUUGUUGUUGACGGAAGAGGAGUUAGGGGUUGGGGUGGUUUUGCCAAGGGUGUUUGUGAAAGGGAGGUAUUUGGGGGGGUUGGAUGAGUUAACGGAGUUAAAUGAAACGGGGAGACUUGGAAGGAUAUUGAAUGCGACUCGUGUGGAGAGAGGUGUUGGGAGACAAGGUUGUGGGGGGUGUGGUGGGGCUAGGUUUGUUCCUUGUUUGGAUUGUGGUGGAAGCUGUAAGUUGGUGGUUAGUGGGGUUGAAAUAAGUGAUUCGACACUGCAGAGGUGUCCUAAGUGUAAUGAGAAUGGGUUAGUUCAUUGCCCUGCUUGUCUUUGA